AAUAUAGUACAAUAAAGCAAUUUAAAAUGAAUUUCAUAUUCCCAAGCAAUUAAUAACAAGACAGAAUAAGGACCAUUCUAUAAAGCUCACCCUUAUCUUCAACCUUUCUCUCACACAGUCUCCACUACCCACUCUCCCCUUCCCAACAACAUCACCCCAUUUCUCUGUUUGAGAGAGAACUCCAAAGCUCAAAACUUCUUGAGAGCAGCAAUGGAGGGCAAGGAAGAAGAUGUCAGAUUGGGAGCAAACAAGUUCUCAGAGAGGCAGCCCAUUGGUACCUCUGCUCAAACUGACAAGGACUACAAGGAGCCACCACCAGCUCCAUUGUUUGAGCCCGGUGAGCUCUCUUCAUGGUCCUUCUACAGAGCUGGAAUCGCUGAGUUCAUGGCCACUUUCUUGUUCCUCUACAUCACUGUCCUCACCGUCAUGGGCGUCUCCAAGUCCCCCUCCAAGUGCUCCACUGUGGGGAUUCAGGGUAUCGCUUGGGCCUUUGGUGGUAUGAUCUUCGCCCUUGUGUACUGCACCGCUGGUAUCUCAGGUGGACACAUCAACCCAGCAGUGACAUUUGGGCUGUUCUUGGCGAGGAAGCUGUCCUUGACAAGGGCGGUGUUCUACAUCAUCAUGCAGACGCUCGGAGCCAUCUGUGGUGCUGGUGUGAUCAGGGGAUUCGAAGGGAAACAGAGCUUUGAGGUCAAUGGUGGCGGCGCCAACGUGGUGGCCGGUGGCUACACCAAGGGUGAUGGUCUCGGUGCUGAGAUUAUUGGUACCUUUGUCCUUGUCUACACUGUCUUCUCAGCUACUGAUGCCAAGAGAAACGCCAGAGACUCACAUGUUCCUAUCUUGGCCCCUCUCCCAAUCGGGUUUGCAGUGUUCUUGGUGCACUUGGCCACCAUCCCCAUUACCGGAACCGGCAUUAACCCGGCUAGGAGUCUUGGAGCUGCAAUCAUCUACAACAAGGACCAUGCUUGGGAUGACCAUUGGAUCUUCUGGGUUGGACCAUUCAUUGGAGCUGCCCUAGCUGCUCUCUACCACCAGGUUGUUAUCAGAGCCAUUCCUUUCUCAAGCAAGUCUUAAAUUGAUCACAGCACGAAGGACGAAGAAACAUUUCAGUCGGACUCCUUGCAGCUUCUCUAUCAUUCCAAUCCUCUGAGUGUUGGCUUCUUUCUGGCUGGGCUUCUUUACUUGUGUCUCCAAGUGAUGGUGAAAUCGGAGUGUUGCUCGUUACUCUCCUAUUAUGUGUGUAAAUUAUUCUCUGAUGGUUGUUAUGUGAGAUGACGAUGUCUUUGGAUUAUUAGAGUUUGUAACAACAAUCUUGGAUAUGCAGAAUUCUUUCUACCUAUUCUACUUUCAUGGGUCAUUCGUAGUUUUCCAGUAGCUUUCCAGAACUAGUGGCGUCGUUUACUCACAUUUCAU